AUGGAAACAGCAGCCGAACACUGUUUGGCGGCCCUUAUUGACAGUGUGGGCAGUGGGGGUCCAAUUUUUAGGCGGGAGGCAAUCGGGGCCAUUGCGAAGUUGUCGGAGAACGGGACAUCCGCUGUCCUGAGGUUUUGCGUGACGUGGCUGAAUGAACAUGGGGCCAAUUCCACCCCAGUCAUACAAAGAUGUGGAGUUGUCUGCGCCAUGGCAACGAUUGUGGGGGGCGUCGGCGAUGAGGAACUCUCCACGCGCGAGGCAAUCGCCCUGUUGCAGUGCGGCAUACGGGAGAUGACCGUCAAUUCCGACCUCACCUCAGAGUUAUCACAAGAAGCUUUACGCUUGGUUGUGGGACUCUGCGUCAUGUUUCCUGCAGAGGGUUGCCGUGAGCUGCUCUCGUCUCUAGGGGAUAACACACUCCCACACUUUUACGUGCUGCUGGCCAUUUCACACCUUGCAGAAAAGGUGCCUGAGCGCAUUCUGCCAUACGUCAAGGAAUUUCUCACGAGACUGUUGCCUCCUUUGGGGAACGCAAGGCAGGACAACCAUCGAAUGCUGCUUUCUCGGGCGUGCGGGAGUCUUGCGGAGGCACUAUUGAAGAUGCGUUUUGAUGCACGAAGCCCUUUAGAAGAGUAUAAUGAUUUAAUGUACUCCACAUUGAACUUUUUUCUUGGCGACUACAGCCGCAGCAACGAGCGCCGUGUGCGUACUUUGGUUGUUUAUGCUCUCGGAUGUGUUUUUGGGGUUUGUGGUGAUGAGAAAAGGAUGGAGUUGGCAGGGAAGGUGGCUCCGUUGGUCAUUUAUGGCGUGCGGCGUGAAAAAGGGCACGAUGUAUUGUUUCCCUUGCGUGGAUUGGCGGGUUUCUUUUCGUACGUUACGGAUGGGGUGCGCUCUUCUUUACGGCCAUUCGUGGAGGGGACACUUCAAGCCAUCAUGCAGACAUUGGAGCAUCUCGGUGCAGAAGAUGUAGAAACCAAGGAGGAGAUUUUUGCCGUCAUUAUGGCUAUUUCAGACUCAUUUGUUUCAGAGGUUCUUGCGUACUUAUCGGUUUUUUUGGAGGCCAAGAAAGAGUUACAUCUCCGCUGCGCCGCAGUUUACAUCCUGCGCAUGCUCGUAUUGCAGAGUAGGAAUCAAAAGCUCUUCCUUCAACCCUUUGUCAAUGAUAUUGUUGCCACUGUGAAAUUGGCGUUAGGAUCGCAUGAGGAUUCAAUGGUGCGGAGGGCUGUGGUGGAGUGCAUCUUAACCAUCUGUUCCUCCGAAGCGGAUUUUGCCUCGGCGGUAGGAUACAGUGACAUGUUAUCAUAUUUAAUCCGCUGUGCCUCUCUUCACGAUGAAGUGGAUGAAGGCCUUAUUGCGGUAAGGGAUAUUAGCCGCAACGGGUUGAUGCUUGUGGCCUCGUCCAAGGGCGCACUGGAUUCUCAGUUAUGGCCGUUUAUAUUUGAGCACAUGCGUGAAUACCCUGCCAAACCUUUUCUUCUUUGUGCCUUUUCCUCCAUUUGCAACGUCAUCACUCAGCUGGCGAGCCGAAUAUCGCAUAACAGUUCGUGCUUUUAUGUGGACUUUUCAAGGCAAGUCAAUGUUCCUUCCCCGGGAAUGCUUGUCUCGGUAUUUCUCUCACAGUCCAUGCUCAUUGGUUUUUACCGUGUUGAGGAGCUUCUCACCAUAUUGGAGGCGGCAUUGUCUGUCGCCCCUCUUAUAGACGACCCAUACGCUCAAUCUGUGGAGGAGGGUGGAGGUGCCGCCAUGCCCAUUACCGAGUUGUGGAGCACCUUCAUUCCAAGCCUGCAACAGCUUCUGACGGCGGAGCCUGCACGGGAAGUGUGGGAGGUGGAGGUUGAGCGGCUGGUCGACAAGACAAUGAAGGUGAAACAAAGUGAAGAGUGGGCCAUGCAUCUUACGACGGAAUGCUUGAGUCUUCUGCAGGCGUAUCAACAGGAUGCACGCAUGUUUCGCAGUGCACUCAUCAUUGUGGGCAUUGGAUGUAGCCGAACGGCGAGUCGCGACCUCAUAGCCAGCGCCGUGGAGACCGCCGUAAAUGCCUCCAAUCACGAUGAUCCGGAACAUGUCAUUGGUCUGGCCAAGUGCCUUGGGUACGUGGCGAAAAAACACGUGGACACGACCCUGGAAACUUUGUGCCGGCUUGCCAAGGGCGCGGAAAAGCGGGGUUUUUUUCAUUCAAGGGACAAAACGAAGCGAGUGUUUGUAGAAGGAUCCCGCUCGGUUGCUGCGGUUGGUUUUGGGUAUGCUUGUAAAUGUAUGGAGAUCGCCGCGCUACCCUCUCGCCUCGACACGGUUGUCUUUCCAUCAUUGCUGACGCUUUUGCGUGAGGGCCACACAUCACAGUGUCAAAUAUCACUUUUUGAGGGUUGCCGCCUUGUGGGUACUGGUAUUGCAAGACUAGACUCUUAUUUCUUUAAGUGUCGAGACGAAUUUAUACUGUCGUUUGUUCGCUUCAUGCAAAUGACAUCAAAGAAAAAAACAAAGGAAGAAACACAUCCUACUGCCUUUGCUGCCUUGGAAUCAAUUGUCUCAUGUACUUUGCUACCACCUCUUGGAGAUAAUGGCACUGCGGCGCUGAUUGAGUUUGUCAAGAUAAGCGUAACUGAGUGUCACAUGGUGAACGCCGAGAAGGAUGUGAAUGUGACGAAUCUUUUUGUUCAGAUUCUUCGUCACCGUGAUUGCCGAUAUGCAAUGAGAAUGCUUGAGGAACUUGCACCGUUGACAGUCCUUGAGAACGAUGGUGCAAGGUGUCUAGCCGUGAAGUUGGUCGUGACCGUUCUGGCUGCCUGCCGAGCGAGCAGGGAGUCUGGUGCUGAUGGUGCCGCUGAGCAACCACAUACACUAGCUAGCAUGGGGUAUAUCCUUGGGCGAUUGGUGCCGCGCAUGAUGGACCGCUGCCCCUCCGUGAGGAUGGAGGCCGCAAAUGGAAUUGUAUCGGGCAUUCAAACGGCUCGUCUGUUCAUGGAAAACCCGCAACCGAUGGAGGAAGAGGUAACAGAGGAAAUAUUGAAACUGGGAAAGCGAGCCCAUGCCUUUGUGGAUGAUGGCACGUUGAGUUCUGAGAAGGAGGCUGUUUCUGUUGUUAAGAGCAUGUGUACCAUUCUUGCACAGCAACUACAGCAGCGGGAGGACACCACGGCACUCAUUAAGGCACUGCUGUUUAACAGUAUUUUUGAUACGCAAAAAUACGCCGCUACUGGUGCGUGCAUCACUAUGCAUGGUUUAAUUCGGGGUUGUGGUGGUGUGUUGGACGCAUCCGAUGUGCGAGAAGUCUUUGAUGGCCUCAUUGCAGCACUUCAAAGAGACAAUCUACCGGAGCAGGUGCGGAGCGGAGUGCAGACAAGCAUCCGUAACCUCACUCGUCAUCACGUCGCUCCUUGCUUUGUUGCCCUGCUGCGUUCACAACUCCCGCACAGCGAGGCGGUGAUAAAUUCCUUUGGGGCCACUGCGAACGACACGACGCUCGGGGAGCUUUUGGUUCAACACAUUCUGGAUUUUGUCUUGAACAGCCCCACGACAAUCGCCGCAGCGCCAACUGCCAAAAAGCCGAGUGACCUUCAGGUUGUCUCCCCGAUCGUCCUCUCCGCUGUCUGCGCGGUGGGGUGGGUGGCGCAGACGGAUCGCGGUGCCUCCGUUUGCCGGAAUCACCGCGCCUCUCUCUACAUGGCGAUUGUCCUCCAUCUUUCUGUAUGCCACAGGAUGAAUGAUCAUGACGCUGUUGUGAUGAGCGGAACGGCCUUGAAGCAUGUCACAUGUGGCACGGUAGACGAUGUUACUGUUGUGCGCUUUGAUCGGUAUGGAUGGAAGAAUUUUUUUGAGAAGCAGAAAUAUCUUUUGGCUAUUGCGGAAGCUGUUCGUUAUUGGUGCCGAGAAGGGUUGGGGGACAGCAACGAGAUGGACCGUGGGAAGGCCGCCGACGCAGAUGGACGGUUUCCGAUGGAGCCUGCUGAACCCACGCAGCUUACUCAUGAGUUGGCAAAGUUUAUGCUUCCCUACUGUUCUCAUGUCUCUCCAACCCACCGGAAAGCUGCGGCUUGUGUCUGUAGCGAGCUUAUUGCGUAUGCGUUGGGGGACGAAGAACUUGUGCGAUCGUUAGUGACGGCGUUACUCUCCAUGACGGGCUGUGAUGAGGAGGCGGAGACGCGGGAAACUAUUAUUGGUGGUAUGGCGAACAUUCUUGUUCAUCCGUAUGCGUCCGUUCAUGGGUUUGUGCCGCCGAUUCUCUCGGCGACUCUGGCGUGCAUGGAACAGCAGCACACUUCUCUUGCGGCGAAGUCUAUGGACAUUGUUGCUCUCUUUGCGGAAGUGUUGGAAGAUAAAUCUUUUAUAAAUGGAUCUUUUGUGACUAUUGCGACAAAGUUGAGAUCAUUUUUUGAGCAUGACGAUGCGCAGCUGAGGGCCAAGUCAUUUGAUUGCCUUCGGAGGUUUUACUCGCUCGCUCACCGUGGCAUAUUGGAGCGAGCCUCAGUGAAUCAAAAUGUCUUUCCAUACGUGAUACCAUUGUUGAUUCACUUGGGGGAACAUGAUAUGACUGUUUCCACUGCUGCAAAAGCUGCAUUACACGAAUGUCUGACGUUUAUAUCUGUUUUUCAGCAUGAGGCAGGGGAACAAAUUGUUCGGAUGCUAUCGAAACCUCACAUGCAUACGGAUCGUGAAACGGAUAUUGACGACAUUUAUGACGAUGUGGCCUCAACUUGGGUGUCGCACUUUCACGGCAUGACGAGGGAGUACGUUUUGCAAGCUGUGACCUUUACACGAUCACCUAAUGAGGCGUUGCGUCAAAGCGCUGCUCGGAUUCUUGGGGCUUUUAUCCGUUGUAUUCCUCGAAUGGAUUUGUCUCGCUGCGGUGUGGAGCAGGUUUCUGCCUCUCUAGUGGAGCUCGUGGGCACCGGAGAGAAAUCCGAGAUUGUUCGUGUGGCAGCCGCACGGGCAAUUGGCUGCUUUGCUAGUAUAUAA